ACUUGGGCGUUGGACUCCGCAUCUUAUUAGCGACAAGGGAAAUUUCUCCAUUUUGCAGCCCCGUCUACAGCGACGCGGAUUUUAUUAGUUCUCCUACCUGCCAGCUUUUCCCUGCUAUUUUGAAAAAUCCUGCUCACUCUUCACUGGACUUUGCUCUAAAUUUUCCCUGUGAACUUUUUCUUCGUGCACUCAGAGGGAGACAGCACCGAAGAGCUUGAGUUUUUCAACAAAGAGGCUUGUGGGGUCUUUGUUCGUUUUUUUGGAUCGGUUGAGUUUCUUUGUUGGAGUCAAAAAGCAUGGGAGCGCAAUUGUCCAAGACAGGAAAGGCUGAAACCGCGGCUGAAAAGCCCGGAGAGGCUGCUGCUUCACCCACCAAGACCAACGGACAGGUAAAUGUGUUUUUAUCAUCAGGUUCUUCCAUCCAUCGGGAGGGAAUCUGCUGGUUUGGUUUGGAGGGGGGCUGCGCUCUGAGGGCGCAAUCCGUGCGUAAAUGUGGAGAGAUUGAAUGGAGAGCAGCUUUGGGAGAUUUCACUUCAUGAUAAAACUUGUUUGAGAUUUUAAAUUGAUUAUAGUUCAUGAGCAACAGUUGACUUUGUGAAUUUCUCCUUUUUUUGUCAUGGAAAUUGGGGCGCUUUAUUCGACCAAUAUUCGAGGGGGAUUUGACCCAAUAAGGCUUGAUUUGUGAUCAGGGUGCGAAUUUGGUUGGAUGUUUAUUCAUUUUCACUUUGAAUUGAACGAUUUUAAUAGUCUUAAGUGAUUUCUUCUUAAUUGGUACAUAAAGAGCAAAAUUGAUUCUAGGUUGAAAAUGUUUUGACUUUGAAUGGAGUCAUCUCUUCAUCUUUAUCUGGAAUUUGCUGAAUAAGACGAGAUGCACGACGCCAACAAAGGCUGUGCGCUCAGAGCACCACUCCUUUUGUUACAGAUGCUCGAUAGUAAGUGGAGAUGGCAGCCUGCUAUCACACAGGAGGGGAGAGACAGACAGGGGAGGCUUGGAGACACUGGUGCGCGCCGGAGAGGGAGAGGCUCUGAGAGGCAUCAAAUUUAGAGUUUCAAAUCUGAAAGCGAGAGGAAAAAGAUAACUGUGAAGAUUCAUUUUGAUUUUAUUCAGUUCGGAGAAAUGUGUUUGAACUCUGCUCUCCGUGAUCCGCGAGACAAAUGAGCAUCUGCUGUUUUAAUGAGCAGCUGCUUUGCUGUUGGAGCGAGCAGGCACCGACCCCUGUCGAUUCAGGCGAGGCACUGCGCUGACUCCGGCUCAGGAUGUGAAUGAAAUAUAGGGUAAAAAGAUUGAAAAAGUAUAAACAUGUUUUUUUUUCGUUUUUGGCUGAUGAUUUGUGGUCGAUUUUUCCAUGAAAAGUUGGAAGUAGAAACCGAAUCUAGGCUGAAGUGAGAGUCUGCUUUUGUGGCUGUUGAUCUGACGGUGACUGCUGCCCCUGGUGUCCAAAAGUGGCACUGAGCGCUGAAAUCCUUCCAACUCUGUUCAUGGCAUUAACAGCCCCUGUGUCUCUUUUUAGGAGAACGGCCAUGUUAAGGCCAAUGGAGAUGCUUCAGCUGCAGCCGAGAAUGGCAAAGAGGAGGUGCAGGCCAAUGGCAGCGCCACAGCAGAGGAGGCUCCCAAGGAGGAGGCCGAAAAGGCAGAGGCUGCCCCCGCUGAGAAGGAGGCUGUUGAUGGAGAGAAGGUGGAAGCAGCUCCCGCUGAGGGAGAGGCAAAGGCAGAGGAUGGUGCCACGCCUUCAACUAGCAAUGAAACCCCAAAGAAGAAGAAGAAGAGGUUCUCCUUCAAGAAAUCCUUCAAGCUGAGCGGCUUUUCUUUCAAGAAGACCAAAAAGGAGACCGGAGAGGGAGCUGAGACCGAGGAGGCCGCUGCAGCUGCCCCCACAGAGGAGGCCAAGGCCGAGGGCGCAGAGGCAGCCGCCAGCGAGGAGGCCAAGCCCGCCGAGGGGGAGGCUGCUGCACCUGCUGCCGAGCAGGCCAAAGAGGAGGCCAAACCAGAGGCUGCUGCAGCAGCAGCAGAGAAACCUGCUGAGGAGGCCGCGCCCGCCGAGGAGCCAAAGGCAGAAGAGCCAAAGGCUGAGGAGAAGCCGGCCGAGGAGGCACCCAAAACAGAGGAGGCCGCCCCAGCCUCUCAGGAAGCAGCGUCAGCAGAGGCUCCCGCUGCCGCCGCUGCUGAAUAAGUUAGAGAAGAGAAAAAUUAGAGAAAAAAAAGGAGAAAAAAAGAUAAUCAAAGAACAUUUCCCUGUUUGUAUGUUGGAGUGAUGCCCGGUGGAGGCUUUGAAGAACUUGUCUACAACCAGGGAUAUUUUAAAGCUUUUCUUUAUUUUUGAUUUUACAUUCCCCCCUUACACAAAACCCAUCUCGGUCCAUUGUUACUUCCAUUCCAACGGGCUGGGGAGGUGGGUGGCUUCAACAUGUACAACAGAUUAAUACAUCCACACUCUGCCAUAUAUUUUUUCAUCAGUAUUAAGUUUUUUUCUUUAAAUUUUAUACAAAUGUAAACAAAAAGGUAUGGACAUGCCCAUGGUAUGAAGGAGGAGGGGUCGAGCUGUAAAUGAGGGGAGGGGGGAGUUCAAGGGGGGGGCAGGGGGGCCUGGGAAAUGUGCCACAGACUAUUAUGAAAGAGUAGUCUAAAAAAACUAAGAGACCAACAUCUAUAUAUUCUCCAUACGGUUUACAACACUAAGUCCUUUUUCCAAGAAGACAGCAGUCCCAGAGUUAGCUUUUUAGGAAACAUAUAAACUCAUAGGAGCUUCUCACUUCUCAUUAGCUGUACCAGUCAGUGAUUCAGUAGAAAUACAAGUUGUAUAGGCUUUAUUGUUUAUUGUUGGUUACGACCUUAAUAAAAUGUAAGUAUGUAUAGGCGGGGUGUUUUUAACUGUGAUUAUUGUACAAAAUGAAAAAUCUUGAUCUCAAGAAGCACAUGAAGUUUGCAGCUCUUUUUUCCACCCGCUCAUUUUUGUAAGAUAACAACACACACAAAAAAAAGUAGUCCUGGAAGACCUUCUCAAGCAAUUUUGAAACCAAGCUGUGAUAAGUGGAAUGGUUUAACUGUUUAUAUACUGUGGUAUGUUUUUUGAUUACAGCAGGCGAUGCUUUUUCAGUGGUCUUUGACAAAAUUUAAGGAAUCUAUCAGAUGCAAAUGUUUGUGUAGCAUCUUGUCUCUCUAUCUCUCUCUCUCUCUCUUUUCCUUUUCCUUUUGUAAAUACUGGAGAAGCUUUGACCAGUUUGACUUAGAGAUGGAAUGUAACUUUGCUUACAAAAAAAAUUGCUAUUAAACUCCUCUGCUUAAAGGUGUUCUAAUUUUCUGUGAGCACACUAAAAGCAAAAAUAAAUGUGAAUAAAAUUUGAGCCGCA